AUGUGCAAUCAAAUGGGCUGUGGAAGUUCAAAUGAAUCUGUCCACACAGAAAAUGUAUCACCACAACCCUCCGACUACUAUACUGAACGUGCGUCAGGAGUGAGUCGUGCCAAUGGCGGUGUGCAUUCGGAUCAAACAGUUUUCGAGGCAUACAUAAAACUUGAUGAGGAAGUGUGCAAAUUAGAAGCCGAAUGUCCUGGCCCAAAACUAAUAACCAUCGAGGCAUGGAUCAAAUAUCUUGAAUCGAAACAAGAGGUUUUAACAAAUGACAUAAUUCAAUUGCCAUUACACAUGUUGGACGAUGAUUUUGAUGAGGAACAAGAGACAGCCAAAUACAAUAGACGAACACGGCUCGAAAAAGACAAUGAGUCGGAGCUCAAGGUUCGUGAUCUUAUAGAAAGCCUAAAUAUUAUGACCGACACAACACAAGCGGCAAAGCACGAAGAGUUUUUCGCAAAUAUCAGUCGUCGUUAUAUUGAAAGUUGCAACGAAGCAUUAAAAGACGAUAUCUUGGAGCAUGCACAAAAACGGGCCAAUGAUCUACGCGAACUUUGGACAAAAUUACGAAUGAAAUAUAAUGAACUCGACGCACUUAUGUCUUCUAUAUCGGGAAAUAAUUACACGAAUCCAAAUGAAAUGAACAUUGAUACCGAAUUGGAGUCAUCGCGUCAGAUUCGUGAUAAAUUAGGUGGUACAGCCGAACAAUGGCGAACAUCAGCAAAUUUACUACGCACAAGUGCCAAAUCAGCUUUAUUAGCCAAUGAACACUAUACAUUGAUACAGACCUCAAGUUCGGUAAAAGAUAAAAUAACAUCGGCAACUGAUUGCCGUACAGCGUUAUUGGGAUCGUUAAUGGCAUUCAAGUGCGCACAAGAGGCAUUGCCACAGGUCGACAUUCCACAUAUAACGAAUCGACAGAUAGUAGCCGUUGCUCAUGCCAAUGAAUAUUUACUGACAGACAUCGGUAAUUCAGAGCGUUAUCAACACACAAAACAUGUGCUCGAUGCGUAUCAUAAAAGCCUUUCAAAAUCGACCAUAUGGAUACAUGAUAUUUUCCAAAAGACACUUAUAAAGGAUUUACAGGAAGCUGAAAAUAGUGUUAAAUUAUUGUCGGAAAAAUUGCGUCAAAUUCGAGCCGAUUAUAUACGAGCAAAAGUCGGUUAUCAAACCUAUGUUCCUAUCGAAGACGGCCAAACGGCAUCGUAAAAUAUUACGACAAUGCUAGAAAAGACAAAGUGAAGGACACGAUAUAUCGUACACUUUUUGUAUUUGUUUAUAAAUGUGUCAUCGUCAAUGUCGUGCCACGCUGAUGAGUAAGGGUUGUUCGCUCAAAACCACUAGCCACCUUGAAGAUAUCAUCGUUAAAUGAAUUAUCACGUGUUUUUGAUAAUUGCAUGGAAAAAAGAGGACAUCACACGAAUGACAUAGACAACGAAAUUGAAAUCCUUGAACUCGUUUUUCAUAUUCGAUAAAUGAAUCCCA